AUGAAGUACAUUAUUUUGAUAGCUCUCUUUGGCUACUGUCUAGCCUCACGUCAGCAGUCGGUAGCUGUCACUGGGAAGUUGUUAUGCGGGAGUAAAGCAGCAUCUGGUGUCAAAGUGAAGCUCUGGGAAGAAGAUGACGGACCGGACCCCGACGAUCUCCUUGAUGAAGACAAAACAGCCAACGACGGCACCUUUACGCUAAGGGGAUCGGAAAGUGAGCUCUUGACUAUUGAUCCUGUAUUCAAGAUAUAUCAUGAUUGCGAUGACGGGAUUAAGCCAGGCAAACGCAAGGUGAAACUGCGCAUUCCCACCUCAUACAUUAGCACUGGACCAGUUGCUAAACGGACGUUCGACGUUGGAGUGCUCAAUCUGGAAACCAUUUUCCCAGGAGAAGAACGCGACUUAAUGUGA